UUGGAAAUAUUAUAAAGAAGUGAAAGAGGGAGAAAAAUAGAGAUAGACAGAGAAGAAGAGAUGAAGAAAUCGGGAGGAGCAGAGAAGAAAAGAGUGCGAAGAUCAUCAGGAGCGGUACAAAAUGGCACCAGAGAUCCAAAUUCUGAUACCCCUCCUAGGAGACAAUCUCCAAAGAAGGAUGUGUUUCAGUUGUUUGCUGAGAAGGUGAGAGACCACAAAGAUUUGGUGUCUCGUUGGGCUGUUUUGCAGGAGACUCGUGUUGAAUACUUUAGAGGGAAGGAUUUUGUAAAUUUCUUGAAAAAUAAUCCAGAGCUCAAAGAUAUAUUGGAAUCAAAUAAAAACUUAGAUGUUGAAGAGAUUGCUAAUACUCUUUUAAGAAAGAAUCUUUUAGUGCGAUGUGACCGUGUGGUGAAAACAGUUCGUCCCGGGAAGAAGAAGUUGUCUACCUGGCCAGCUCAUUUGGAGCUCUUCACUGAUCAAGUAUUUUCAGAAAAUGAUGCCUUCUUCGCAUGGACAUUUGUAAAACGCCGGCCACUGUGGCAGACACUUCUCUCAUUUUUUUGGCCAGUGUUGACUCUAGCAAUUUGCCUGUUUCCUGUAUAUCCCCAUCGGUGCAAAUUACUGAUUCUGUACUCAUGUGCAGGGGUCCUUUUACUUAUACUCUCCCUGCUUCUGAUAAGAGCUACGCUAUUUGGUGUUCUAUAUAUCGUUAUUGGAAAGCGUGUUUGGUUUUUCCCCAACAUCCUUGCUGAAGAGGCUACGUUGCGUGAAUUAUUCCGUUUCUGGCCAAAGAAAGAUGAGGAGGAACGACCUAAGUGGACAGCAAGGCUUUUCUAUGCGGUGGUAGCUGUGUUGGCCAUAUUACUAUUGAGACAUCAUGCCCCUGAUGAGGCUGCUAGAGCUAGGUACCAAAAACGGAUGUCAAAUAUUAUUGAUGAUGUUCUCGAGUGGUCUCCAAGGCUAGCGCUCUCUGGGAUGAUGGAGAAACAGCAGACUGUGGUUAACGCCACAGAGCCCAACAAUAUUUCUGCGGAUGGGGGUAAGACAAACACAGAGAACUCGGACCAAUCUGGGGAUGAAAUUUAUGGAAAAAUAGACGACAUGGAUCAACCUCAGCAUCAAGAUCAUAUGUAAGGAUAGAACAAUGCAAUACUGAGCAGAAGAUAGAUAUACUACCUUCUUUCUUUGGGUUUUAUUCUUAGUUUUGAGUGUAAAACUGUGCAAUCAAACAGUUAAAUAAAGCCAUUGGAUUUUAAUU